CUGAGACCGCUAACGCAGCAGGUGGACGAGGAGGCAGGAGAACGGGGCCGAGGGAACAUCUGAGCUCCGAGGAGACCAGAGAAGCGGUGGGACGGCGGAGCAGCACCAUGAGCGGCAGCGGUGACGGCGACACACCGCGUGCGUGACCGUGACCCGAGCUUCCCUGGGCGCACACGCACCUCCAGUGAAAAUCCAGUGCAGCUCUCCACUGAUUUGGUUCGCGUCCCGCCCAGCUAUGGCUGAGCCACCCCCCGGCUGGUGGAAGCUCACGUUCCUCCGCAAGAAGAAGUCCGAAUCCAAGGUGCUCUACGAGAUUCCGGCCGAGCAGGGCAACAACACGGGCAACAAGGAAUCGACGGCGUCCCCCGGCGGCAACCCCGAGGACAGCCAGUUCAACGCCCGGCUAGAGAAGAUCGUGGACAAGUCGGCGACGAAGGGACGCCACGUCAAGGUCUCGCACUCAGGACGCUUCAAGGAGAAGAAGAAGAUCCGCGCCACGCUGGCGGAGAACCCCAACUUGUUCCCCGAGGCCACGCUGGCUGACGAGAACCACCGCACCGACAAGUAGCGCAAGUACGCCCGAAUGCAGAGAGCUGUCAAUCGCAGUAAACGCACACCUGCGUGCACAUGCGUGUGUUUGUGUGUGCAUAUAGAUGGAGAUUCAAUAAUCAUGUAUAAAUACAGAAAUAUGUGUCUGAACGCAGAAAUUCAUACAGUUACAAAUGACAGUGCAGAUGUGAACUACGGGACACACAGGUAGUUCUCAUACACACACACACACACACACACACACACACACACACACACACACACACACACACACAGAGCCACACCACAAGAAAUGAGAUGAAGAAAUGGAUGCUGUACCCAUGUCGGUCUGCCGGGUUUCGGUGCCCCGUCACCAUGGAAAUGUGUAUUGACAAUAGGAUUCCAAUUGCGGAACCGUGGGGGUUACCUGAGGACACAGUGCGCUAAUUAUUAAUAUGACACAUCAGUGAGAGACGAACACAAAAUAUGAGACCCAAACAUACAAAGAGAGGCAUAAACAAACGGCGUAGCAACUAUUCAUGUAAGAAAUCACCGUGGCUUUACCAGUGUCGCUUUGCACUUUAACUUGACGUGGAAUGAGCGCGUUGUUUAAACGAAGACGGUGCCCAUCGCGUUAAAGAGUACCUAAGGUGCCCCCGUGACCCCGGUUCGCAGAAAGAACAUUUCCAUAACUACGGCCUCCACGCCGGGUGUAAAGCGAGCAGAGCGCGACGUGGUAUUUACACAGGGAGCGCAGCGGGGAGGGUGACGUCCCCCAGGAAAGGGUACGAGAGCAGCGCCGUACGUGCUUUUCUCUGGUUGAUGCACAAAUCUUCUCUGCGUUAAGCUGCAUCCUGCUAUUAAUAUCUUCUUAAUUCCAGUAUAUCCUCCUCAAACACAGCCCUUCACUCUUGUCCACUCCAGAGGACAAAUAUUUUAAGGGCUUCUCCCAAUCCGAGUCCUGAUGCACCUAAUAGGGGUCAUUCUAUGCUUUUAAAAUGAUAGCACAGUAUUGGGGCAGGGCUUGGAGAACUUUCUAGAAAUCCUACCAAUAUAUUCAAGCGCCUAUUCCGCCGUGUCUCAUAUGCCCACGCUGUAUUAAAGGGGGUAAAAAGAGCGACUGUGAACAGAGAACGGCCGCAUCGGCUUUCGGGCACAUACGCUUCCCGUCAUUUAUGUUUGUUUGCAGUUGUUCUCAGUGUACAGAACAUGUCAUCUCAGAUGAAGGGCGAAUCGCACACCGUGAAUUACCACUGUAAAAUUGUUGACAUUUCCCUCCGCGACAGGGCCGCCCACGAUUUACAGCGUCACAGGAAUGAAAGGCUACGUUAAAAAAAAGGUGUAAAAACAGAUACAUCCGGUUUUGAGGAAUUUUGUUUUUGCUUUUCCUUCUGUACCGAAGGGGUCGCUGAGGUCAGAGAACCCCGGUGGGCGGGCAGUCGGUGCGUUAACCGACCGUGAUGGUGGGGAUCCGGGGAUGAGUGACACUGUGGACCGGGAGGACUUUUUAGGACCCGAACAAAUGUCUUUUGGGAAGGGUUUACACGGUGGAAAGGUGAGACUGCACUGUUUAUGACAGACACGUGGUUUAAUAAAAGCACACGAUGGAGACACGGCUCACCGUGCUGCUGUUGAACGGCUCGGUCACUUGGACCGUAGCCUCUCCCACCUGAGGGACAGAAAAAAACACAAAAUUAUGUACUUUUUUAAAAUUAAGAACAUGAUGAUGAUUCUUUUGUAAUGGGGAAAAAUACUUUUGUGUUUUAUAAAUAAAUGGGAUUUUACGGCAGUGCUGUUUUUAAUCUUGGUAUCCGAUUCAAUUCA